UUAACUUAUUAGCAUCAAAAGCCUGAGAUUUUUCUCUGGUUAAGUUCCUAAAUAUAGAUUGAACUCAAAUAGCAUCAUCAACAAUUACCAAGCUCCUAUUUUAAAUUUUCCAUAAUAUAUCAAUAUAAGGGACUUGCACUAGAUUUGGAUUUAGAAGAGUGUUACAUGAUGGCUAUGGAUCAUGAAUCAAAAAGGUGUGUUGCUGAAAGAGUUCUCAUCACUUUUCUUCUUGUUGUUAUGAUUUCAGCUCCCGUUACUUGUUCUCAUUCAUCCAAUGAAACCAAAAGGGUUGAUGAUGCUAAUGAUCAUCAUGCUAACGUAUUUUAUCAACACACUUGGCCGGGGAUGAAAUUUGGGUGGAAAAUAAUAAUGGGCACCAUAAUUGGGUUCUUAGGAUCAGCAUUUGGCACUGUGGGAGGUGUUGGCGGGGGUGGCAUAUUUGUGCCAAUGCUUACUCUCGUUAUAGGUUUCGACCCAAAAUCAGCAACAGCAAUAUCAAAAUUCGUGAUUACUGGUGGAGCAGGAGCAACUGUUUUCUACAACUUGAGGCAAAGACACCCAACCCUUGACUUGCCUGUAAUUGACUAUGAUCUAGCACUUCUUUUCCAACCUAUGUUGAUGCUUGGAAUCAGUAUUGGAGUUGCUUUCAAUGUUACUUUUCCUGAGUGGAUGAUAACAACUAUGUUAAUCAUAUUAUUCACUGUCAUUUCAAUUAAAGUAUUCUUAAAGGGUGUUGAUACAUGGAAAAAAGAAACCCUUGUCAAGAAGGAAACUAAGCUGAAUUCACAGUUAAAUGAUAUUGGAAGGAUUGAAGAUGCUACACAUGAUCUUCCGACAGGAGACAGAGUCACUGAGAGUCACACCAAUAUCAAUCAAUCAAGGAAAAAAGUUUCUGUUAUUGAGAAUAUCUAUUGGAAGGAACUUGGAAUUCUUUCAUCUGUGUGGAUCAUGAUACUUGCAUUGCAGAUAGGAAAAAAUUACACAACAACUUGCUCAGUGUUAUACUGGACAUUGAAUUUACUUCAGGUUCCCAUUGCUGUAGGAGUGAGUUCAUAUGAGGCUGUUCUUUUAUACAAAGGGCAAAGAUACAUAGCAUCCAAGGGUGAUCAACAAAUAAAUUGGCGAAUUUGGCAGUUAAUUCUGUAUUGUGUUUGUGGUUUAAUUGCUGGCAUAAUUGGUGGAUUGCUUGGUCUUGGUGGAGGAUUCAUCUUGGGACCCCUUUUCAUUGGACUAGGAAUUCCUCCUCAGGUGGCAAGUGCUACAUCCACUUUUGCAAUGACAUUUUCUGCAUCUAUGUCAGUGGUGGAAUAUUACCUUCUCAAACGUUUUCCUAUUCCUUAUGCUCUUUACUUUGUAGCUGUAGCCAUUGUUGCUGCACUUGUUGGGCAACAUUUAGUGAGAAAGUUGAUUGCCAUACUGGGAAGAGCAUCUGUGAUCAUUUUCAUCCUAGCCUUCACAAUGGUUGUGAGUGGAGUAACACUAGGAGGAGUAGGCAUAGAAAACAUGAUUGAAAGAAUUGAAAAGAAGGAGUACAUGGGGUUUGAAAACCUUUGCUUGUACGGGGUUAGAACUUAAAGUUCAAGAUGCUCAGUUGUAAAGUGUAGACAUCUAUAUGGCUUCAUUUUCAGGAUUUAUACAAAAAAUUACCUUAUUAGCAAAGCCCAUGGACUAGACCUUAGUGCCUUAUUUUUUGUCUUGGUGAAUGGAAGUUUGGUGGUUUAUUCAGAAAUGGGCUAGGCCUUAGUGCCUAAUUUUUUAAUUUUUAAACAAAGGUGUAGCAUUUGACAAAAAAAAAAAGUGUAACACAACAACUUGGCCGAUAAUUGAGUUCUUCAAGUAUUUAAUA